AAAAGAAUUUUCACUUAUACUUCAAGUGUAGGCAUGGAGAAAGUGUUGCAUCUUCAUCUACUUUCAAGUCAAGCCAAUUUUUUUUUACAAAUCUCUUGAUUUUGAAUGCUAAUCUGUGCAUAUAAAUGCAAACCCGGUAUCGGCUCAUAAAUUAUCCAAGUCUAAUAAUUUUCUAAAUCAUACAAAACUCACAAAAUAUGGAAAUAUUCUUUGUUCUUUUCCUUAGCUUAUUGAUCACGGCUCAUGGGACUGCGGAAUAUGAGCUACAGGACAACAUUGCUGUGUUUGCAGAACUCGAAAGCUUCGACAUAUAUGAAGAAAUAGAAGAUGAAGUAGAAGCUUUUGGAAUGCCUUCAUGGACUAGUUCAAAUGCUGCGCGUUUUCUCGUGAAUGUUGACAGCUUUGGUGCUAUUGGAGAUGGAACUACUGAUGAUACUCAGGCCUUUGUAAAUGCGUGGAAGCAGGCUUGUUCUACGCCAAAAUCAGUCUUCUUAGUUCCUCAAGGGCGUCGUUAUCUUGUUAAUGCAACAAGGUUUGAAGGACCAUGUACUGCUAGAUUAGUUGUCCAGAUUGAUGGCACAAUAGUUGCACCAGAAGAGCCCAAGGACUGGGAUCCAAAACUACCCCGGACCUGGUUAUAUUUUCACAACUUGACCAGUGUCUUUUUCCAAGGCAAAGGAGUUAUUGAUGGGUCAGGCAGUAAAUGGUGGGCUGCAUCCUGCAAAAAGAACAAGACCAAUCCAUGUAAAGGAGCACCUACGGCACUAACGAUAGAUUCGAGCUCUGCUAUAAGGGUCAAGGGUCUGACUAUCCAGAAUAGCCAGCAGAUGCAUUUUGUUAUUGCUCGUUCUGAUUCUGUGCGAGUGUCCAAUGUGCUAAUUUCUUCCCCAGGAGACAGUCCUAACACUGAUGGAAUACACAUCACUGAAUCAACGAAUGUUGUUCUCCUCGAUUGUAAAAUUGGAACAGGGGAUGAUUGUAUUUCAAUCGUCAAUGCCAGUUCAACUAUCAAAAUGAAAAAAAUUUAUUGUGGUCCUGGGCAUGGAAUUAGCAUAGGAAGCCUUGGAAAGGAUAAUUCAACUGGCAUUGUCUCAAAAGUUGUCCUGAAUGGUGCAUUUAUAAGGAAUGCGAGUAAUGGGGUCAGGAUUAAGACUUGGCAGGGAGGAUCUGGCUAUGUGAAAGCAGUACGCUUUGAAAAUGUCAUGAUGGAAGAUGUUGCAAAUCCUAUUAUCAUUGAUCAAUUCUAUUGUGAUUCUCCCAAUCCUUGUGGAAAUGAGACAACUGCUGUGCAAAUAAGUCAGGUGAUGUACCGGAAUAUUACUGGAACUACAAGUAGCAAGGAAGCUAUGAAGUUUGCUUGCAGUGACGCGUUUCCUUGCAGAAACAUUGUCCUCACCAACAUUGACUUGCACAAGAAGGAUGGCACAGCAGAGACAUAUUGCAAUUCCGUCACUGGUUUUGGGUUCGGAACAAUCAAUCCACCAGCUGAUUGUCUGACCUCCAAUGACAAAGAUUAUUCCAGUCCUGAUGAGAUGAAAAUUUCCCAGAUUAAGGAAUCAACAGAAGAUCACCUUGUUCAUACGGAACUGUGAUUUUGCUUCUACAAUACUAUAGGUAUAACAUUUUAGUAGUGGGUUUAUUAAACUCAACUGGAAUUAUAAUUCAUGUAGAAUACGUACUAUAGGGAAGGAUGUUACUUUUGACUUGGUGAUUUCCAGGUCUAAAAUUUUAACCCUUUUUUUCCAUUUGGAUUGUAAUGAUGCAAUAUAUUGAUUUCCAGGUCUAAGAUUUUUUUUUUUUUUUCAUUUGGAUUGUAAUGAUGCAAUAUAUUAAUUGGUAAUUGAUUGUUAUUGUUGAGUAAUAUAGAAAGAUUGUGAUGUCUACUUA